UGACUCGAACUCUGAUACUUCAGAAUGUACCAUCUCCAGCAUCACCUUAACACCCGAGGAAGUUUACCACGUUCUUGCUGUUCUCGAUGAAAACAAAGCGACUGGCCCUGACAAAAUACCAGCGAAACUCCUCAAAAACUGUGCGUCCAGUAUUUAUUUAUCGCUAUGUGAUCUCUUCAACAAGAGUUUAUCUCUGGGUAAACUUCCAAAUGAGUGGAAACUCUCCAAUAUUGUUCCAAUCCCAAAGAAAGGUCCAGCUGAAGAUGUAUCAAACUAUCGACCAAUAUCUCUAUUGUCCCUGGUCUCCAAAGUCUUCGAACGUUGCGUCUACAACCAACUCGUAUCACACAUUUCCACUCAACUCCACCAUCUACAAUUCGGUUUCCUCAGAGGCAAGUCAACCACCUCACAGCUUCUGCACGUUCUCCAGGAUAUUCACCAAGCGUUGGAGAGUCGAAACCAAGUCGACGCUGUGUAUUUGGACUUUGCAAAAGCGUUUGACAAGGUUAGUCAUAAGCUUUUGUUGACUAAACUUCACAAGUUUGGAAUAAGAGGUGACCUACUAAGUUGGUUUGAAAAUUAUCUCUCCGGCCGCUACCAAAGAGUCACUGUUCUGGGUGAGACCUCGGUACACUCCCUGUACUGUCUGGAGUUCCUCAGGGAUCAAUCUUGGGGCCCCUCCUUUUCCUAGUAUAUGUGAACGAUCUUCCACAUUCCAUCUCGGGCGAAUCAACUGUGGCAAUGUUUGCCGAUGAUACCAAGUGCUACCGUCCGGUGAAAGAUUUACCCGAUUGCGAAAGUCUGCAGAAUGAUCUCAAUAAUCUCGUGAACUGGUGUACUAUCUGGAAGAUGGACUUAAAUAAGUCUAAAUGCGGAGUAAUGAGCUUCACAAGAAGUCGCCAACCAGUCACAACAAAUUAUAAACUACUGGAUAGUUCUCUGAAGCAACUAUGUCAUCAAAAAGGCCUUGGGAUUGUUGUCACAAAAGAUCUCAAGUGGACGAAACAGGUUGAAGAAAUAACAUCAAAAGCGAGCUCAAUGCUAGGCUUCAUUCGUCGAACAGCCUCCGACACGCAUAACAUCCACGUGCGAAAAGUGUUGUACCUGUCCUUAGUGCGCAGCAAGUUAGGAUAUGCCAGCCAGGUGUGGGCACCUCAAACUGUCAGCGACAUACUGUCAAUAGAACGGGUUCAACGUCGCGCGACCAAAUUCAUCCUUUCCCUUCCUUACAGAACAGCCACAACAUGCAGGGAACGACUACUGGUUAUCGGUAUUCUCCCGGUCUGCUAUUGGCACGAAUUUCUAGACUUAGUUUUUCUUUACAAGAGUAUUCUAAGCAACGAUGUCAAUGUGUCAAUACGAACAACCACCCGGACGACUAGAAACGCUGACCCUGUCAAUGGUAUUCUUCUUAAUGUAUCUCGAUGCAGGACAGUUAGCUACAAGAACAAUUUCUAUGUGAGAGCGCCUAGCGUAUGGAACAUUCUCCCUAGCAAUAUUCGUGACACUUCAAGAUCAUUAGCUUACUUUAAAAUCUCCUUAUUCAAUUACUACUUAAACCUUUUAGAAUAAAUAUACAACCCGGACAAUCCUAGAACAUUUAAGUCCGUGUGCGUCAAAUGCCACUCAACUUGGUCUCUUGAUAGUUUAUUAGUGAGGACAUGUUGUUGACAUUUUAAUUUGUUUUAAUGUUAUAUAUUGUAACUUAUUGUGAGGGACCCCAUAAUUGGAGAUUAUCUCUGUGGCUAGUCCCUGCCCGAAUUGUAUGUAAAUUUUGUAAAGUAUUAGUCUUAUUUAUGUCUGUUAUGUGUGGCGAAUCUUGUAAAAUUAAAUUAAAAUUAAAAAAAUUGUGUAAUUCCAACUUGUAGUCGACGAUUCUACGACGAAUUUUGUCAAUUUCACGUUGUGAUCACUAUGCUGCGAAUUUCAAGUGAGUAUCGAAUACUUUUACAUUGAAAACGUUAUCUAAGUUCUUAACUUUUUAGUUUUUAUUUUGGAUGAGGUAGUACCUUUGAUUGCAUUUUCUGUGGUGUUUAAACAAAAAUUACAAAGAUUUUGAAAAACUAAUAACUUUUCUGCCAAAGUAAACAUUUUACGCUAGCGCGUUGUGUUUCGUAACUUAGGGAACAGAAUAAGACGACGCGGCUUGGGUCGCGCUAGUUACCAAGCCUUUCUAACGCGUCUUCUCUUGCCGCGUCGUGAAUCGUAAACUCUCUAUUGGUCAGUGGAGAGCUCGCUGUCAUGCUUGUCGUGCUGGCAUGGCAAAACACCCCCCCCCCGCGCAAACUACGAAAAUAUGCACUACAUAUACUUCACUUACUUCAGUAUUGUCUUCUUGCAAAAAAUUUGCUUUAUAGUUGUGCCGCGUUUACGACACAUCGCUUCCGUUUAGUUAUAUUUGUUAAAUAGUCGAUAUCUUGAGCUUUCUGAUGACAUAAAAUUGUAAAAUAACAUAAUAUUACAAAAUCUUGUUGCAUCACUGGCCUGUUACCAAGCAACUGUGCUCUUUGUUUACAUGCGUGUUGUAUUGUACUUCUUGGUCAUGCCAUUAUCGAUCCGCAUGACUAUUAGUAAAACCCCUGCGAACAUGUGGUCGAGACCAUAAAUCAUGCAUACACACAAACACCUUAAUUCAAACGUCGCCUCAGUAGUGACAGCUCUGUAUGUUAAAACGUCACCUACCCGCGGAUUACCUUUUUCAACAUCUUAACUUAACAAACUGUGGUUAAAACUUUAUUAAUGAAGAAUAAUUACUGAUACGUUUUCGUUAUCUAGAUAAUUGAAGAGCACAACAACGGAAGCCAUUGCUACAAGUUGGCAAUGAACCACUUGGGUGACCUAAAUGCAAGUGAAUACCAACAACUGUUGGGUGCCAGGAAUCCGGGUGGUCAGACAAAUACCAAAUCAAUGUUCGUACCGAAUACAACUGUUGCAUUACCAAACAGUGUUGACUGA